AUGCUAACCACCCCAGCUAUCCUCUUGCCUCCUUUGGCUGUUUUCAUGAAAUGCGGAGUUUCCACCACUUUCUGGAUCAACAUUGUGUGCUGUAUUUUCGUUUGGUUCCCAGCCAUUUUGCACGCCUUGUACGUUGUGUUGAAGGACUAA